AUGGCAUGCGCUAGGAAUUAACAGCACUCCCGAAGAUGGCGGGGGUGUUUGAGGUGGAGGUUGAUGGUGUAGAACACGAUCAUGGACUCGGACACCACGAUGAACCAAACCAGGUUAGGGUGCCACAGGUGUUACCGUUGUAGAAUCAGAAAAAAAGAAUUGCGUGAAUUGUAAAGUGCGCACGUUGCUGCCAAUAUGGAAUAGACCUGCCUCUUCCACCGGCGAGUAAGCGUCAUACGGUGUUAGUUUUAUCUAACAUCCCAGUUGUCUUCCCAUUUUAGCCAGACAGGUCGACCUAUCCCAUCUGUCACCGGAGGAGAAGUGGAGGUUGGAGCAUGCCAGGAUGCAUGUGAAACACAAGGGCCAUGAGGCCAUGCACGCUGAGAUGGUGCUUAUCCUCAUUGUCACCCUGGUCAUCGCCCAGCUGGUCCUUGUGCAAUGGAAACAGAGGCACCCCAAGUCCUACAAUCUAGUGACUCUGUUCCAGAUGUGGGUGGUUCCUCUGUACUUCACCACCAAGCUUCACUGGUGGAGGUUUCUGGUCACGUGGUUCAUCUUCUCUGUGGUCACUGCAUACGUUACCUACCGUGCCACACGCAAGCCCCUGGAGUGCACCACGCCCAGGCUGGUCUACAAAUGGUUCCUCCUCCUCUACAAGAUCAGCUAUGCCACAGGGAUAGUGGGCUACACUGUCGUCAUGUUUACACUGUUUGGCAUCAACUUGAUAUUUAGAAUAAAGCCAGAGGACGCAAUGGAUUUUGGCGUGUCCUUACUGUUCUAUGGUCUGUACUAUGGCGUCCUGGGUAGGGACUUUGCCGAAAUGUGUGCAGACUUCAUGGCAUCGACAGUGGGGUACUACAGUGCGUCUGGAAUGCCCACCAAGCACCUCUCAGACAGUAUCUGCGCUGUGUGUGGCCAGCCCAUACUGGUUGACGUCAGCGAAGAGGGAAUCAUCGAGAACACAUACAGACUAUCCUGCAACCAUGUAUUCCAUGAAUUCUGCAUACGAGGAUGGUGCAUCGUGGGAAAGAAGCAGAUAUGCCCGUACUGCAAAGAGAAGGUGGACCUGAAAAGGAUGUUCAGUAACCCCUGGGAGAGGCCACAUGUCAUGUAUGGACAACUCCUGGACUGGCUCCGCUACCUUGUCGCUUGGCAACCAGUAAUCAUUGGACUUGUGCAAGGCAUCAACUACAUCCUGGGGCUGGAGUGACCUGGGAGAGUGGAGAAGGACACACAAGCCAUAUGGAGAUGGUAGAUAAUGCACUGGCCUGACUAGGAGGCCUCACCAUGGACUAUAAGAACAUCUAUUAUAAACUGUGUCUAUACAUGUACUAUUUGUAUAUAUUUAUAGGCACAUAGUAUCUGUAUUUAAGAUGUAUUAGAAUUUGACUAGUAACCUGGGUUUGGAUGUCUGUUUUAUAGUAUUUUUGUUUAGUCAAUCGCAACUUUUUAAACAAAUGCAGUGUACAUUUCAUUGCUUAGUAAAAUGGUCCUCACUUUUUUGGAGAUGCUUUUUCUUUCUACGGUAAUGAGUGGCUGACACGGCCCAGAUACGUGAGUGGAGCGUUGUAGAGUGCCAGUCUUCGUUUUGUGUGUUAAAUCUGCACCUUUUGUUAGUGGAGGUCCUGGUUUAAUGUGGCUGCUGGGGUGAGGGUUUCUAGUCUCUCGGGAGCACUGGGCUCAAGACAGUGUGUCCUAUCCUACUACAGACUUCAUCUCUUUAAGAGGGGAACUACAAUAUGUCCCCCUCAGACGGCUGCUCGUGUCUGUGUUCAGCCCAGAUGACUCUCAAGGAAUAGGUACCGUAAAAGACUAUGCAAAAAGGUGAAUAUAAUUUGAUCAUUUUGGUUGUCUGUUUACUUUUUUGUCAUGUUUUUGUUCUCUUGAUUGUCUGUUAUUAAACGUGACACAGUCAAGAUCAGGUGUAGACAUUACUUAAUUCAGACCAGAUCCAGUAGUAUAGACCCUUCAUGACCUGGGGGAUUUUGUGUAUCAUUUCCAGAAUAUUAUGCUUCCUGUUCCGUUAAGAUGCAAUAUAGUUCUCGUCAUAUGAAGAAACAUACCAGACUGAUGCCAGUCAUGCCACCCUGGACUAGGAUUGGGUGUGGCCAUUGAAAUAUGACGUUCUUCUUUUAGACUGCUCUUGUGAAGAAUACAGGUAAGCAGUGAAAAUAUGUGUAUUUCACCACAAUAUUUCACAUUUCUUAUAUGAUUCAUAUCCAUGUGUUAAAUGAGUCGCACUUAAGUCAUAUGGUAGAGGGUAUAUUAAACUUGAGAAAUGUAACCUGCAUAUGUCAAAGUAACAUUUGAGGUCAAAAUGUCUAGUGACUAAUUUAAUCUUGAUUGUGUCUAACAUAAAUACGCUAAAUAACUUGAUAGGGAAUUCCCUUGUGUGUUCUUGGUCAGCGUGGGUGGGUUAAGGGGAAGUAACUGUGCAUAUAUAGUAAGUAAGAGACGGUGUUGUUACAACUAGCUUUGUUGACCAACUCGCACAGUAGUCGGACAGAAGCAAGUAUGCAGUUGACGAUUCUUCUCACAGGUAAGAGAUCCUCUAACAUUCUCACACACACGUUCACUGAUGUAUGUGGAUGUUUCUGCUGCAUAUGUAUUUACAUUUCUGUGCCUGUGUUACGCAAUGGCUGAGGGUGUGCUCCAUCUCUUCUACAGCCUUCAUGUGUUUUUUUGGGGUCCUGCGCUCCGAGGCCACUGCAGAUUCCACAGAGGUGCAGUCUCCCAGAAUCCUCCAGCCCCAUAGGUCCAAAAUACGAGCUGUUCCAGGAGAGCAGUUGAUUAUUGAAUGUAAAGCAGACCCAGGCCUUCCUGAUGACUUUACCCAUGUCUACUGGCUGGUCAACAGCACCUUCCCAGAGGUAGCCUUCACUGAUGGCAGAGUAUCAGAAACAGAGGAAUCAGCCUCAGAGGACGGCAGGGUGAUCCAGAGGAGUCUGGUGUUAAAGAACGUGACUGCAGAGGAUUUUAAGUCCACUUUCACCUGUGUAAUAAGUAGCCUAACUGGACUUGACCGAAGGACUGUCACACUGAUGCCCACUAGGCUAGUUUUCCCUCAUUACCUCACGUCCUCUCCCUUCGUCCUUCACUCACUCUCAACUCAAAACACCAGGGGAAACCGAGAAAGGAAUUUAAGAAGAAACCUAGCAAAAAGGAUCAGGGGAAAAAAACAAAACCACGCUAGCAAGAAAUUAGAUUAGAUGGAUGGUCUUAGUCCAGUACUUAACCCUUGUGUGGGUUAAUGAUACAAUUUAAUUAUUUUUUUCAACCUGAGACUCAUUGUCCUUGGCUCAUUUUCUAUGAACAACAUGUAAAAUAACACUUUCAUUGAGUGCACACUGCACCCCCCUACACAUUUAUAUUACAUAUGUGGUGUUCGAUUCACUGGACCCGAGGGUAAUAAAAGUGCCUGUCUCCCACUC